CUCGGAAGAAAAAGGAAGGCAUUAAUGAAUUUAUUAGCGAGAGACCGUUGAGACGCUUGAGCUGAAAAUAACUGUCAGUCACUAUUGGAAAUUUAUAUGUUAAAACAAAUACAAAAUGGAUGAAGAAAUGGAAUUGAGCGUUUUGGCCAGUAUUGAUGAUAUAAAUAGGUGCCACUAUGUUUUGAGUGACGGCGUUGCUGAGCAAGAAUUUCAAAGAUUCAUUUUAUACCACGAGCAAUGUCGAGUGCAGUGGAUGCAGGCUGUGCAGGAAGCCCAAAAUUUACAAGCCGAAGUCGAAAAAGGACAUAAGUCUAUUUCGAUCCUGGAAAAUAAAUUGAGACAUGCCAGAGACUUGUUGGAUACUGAAAAGAAGUUGCGAUUUCAAAUACAAAAGGAGAAAGAGAGCUUGGAAAAGCAGAUUUCAAUAGUGCGAGAAAUAUUUGGCGAUGAAACACAAAAUAUAACAUUGAAUAAUGAUACUAUGAAUAAGUUAGCUUUUCUUUAUAAUCGCAAUAAGCCAAGGCCUCCGAUGCACGGGAGGCUGGAUAGGAUUACAGAAGAUGAAAUGAAUUAUACAGAAACAUUAUUAUCAGGCCAAAGUCUAUCACGCUCAGAAGACGAUCUAGAUGUAUCCCAUGGAAAUUCCUAUUCAUUUCGCAAACACAAAAUAUCAACUGUUGAAGAUCCUACAUUAUCAAAGAAAAGGCGCAGCCGUAGAAGUAUGGAUAUGAACAGAUCAUCAGCUAAAGUUGUGGAAUUAAACCCUAAUGAUCGAGUAGUUGCCACCACAACUUUGACUUUACCAAAAGACGGGCACGGUCCCAUAACUGCCAAAUCUGUAAUUGAGGCUGUACCUGAUGAAAAUUCACCUGAGGAAAAUAUUAAGAAGAGUCCUAGAAAGAAAUCGGCAUCACCGGCUAAGGCUUAUGCUCCUUCUGCACCACUCAUAGAAAAUGGUUUCAAAAGGGAUAUCAGUCCAAGCACAAUUAAUAGAAAUAUAAUGCGGUAUCAUAAUUUUAUUCCCAAGAGCACUAUGAAGUCUGAAAAUUGUAUCGUUUGUAAUAAAAGGAUACGUUUUGGACGAGUGAUCCAUAAAUGCAGAGACUGCAGAGCUGUUUCUCAUACUGAUUGCCGCAAUCAAGUUCCUCUGCCCUGUGUACCUGUUUCUAGUACUCCUACUAUGAAAGGUUUUAUGGGAACUAUAGCCGAUUACACUCCAUUGGUGGCCCCAAUGGUCCCAGCAUUAGUAGUUCACUGUGUGAACGAAGUUGAAUCUCGAGGAUUAAACGAGGUCGGUCUUUACAGAAUAUCUGGCUCAGAAAAGGAUGUCAAAGCUCUUAAGGAGAGAUUUCUACGCGGCAAAGGCGCCCCAGUCUUAACAAAUGUAGACAUCCAUACAGUCUGCUGCUGUUUGAAAGAUUUUCUGCGAUCUUUGAAGGAACCUUUGAUCAUUCAGUCUCUCUGGCCAGAUUUUGCAGCAGCAUGUAAAUCAAUAACUAAGGAGACCCAGGAGCAAUUGAUUGCUGGUGUGAAUGAACUGCCGCAACCGAAUAGAGAUACUUUGGCUUAUCUGGUCAUGCAUUUGCAGAGGGUGGCCGAAUGCCCAGAAGUCAAAAUGCCAAUAACUAAUAUUGCUAUGGUGUUUGCACCGACCAUAGUUGGAUAUUCAUCGCUGGAUCCUUCUCAUAAUUUUAUGAACGAGACAAGAUUGAUUGUUUCGAUCAUGGAAUGCCUGCUGCUGAUUCCUACAGAAUUUUGGGCUCAAUUCAUUUGUGUCGAUUUAGACACGUGUGCAACACCCAACACCAUCCAACCGACACCUAUUUACACACCUACCACUGUUCAUCGUAGUGCAUCAGCAAAUUAUUUUGCUACACCAACCACUGGAAAUUUGGUGAAGAAACGAAGUCAAAAGCAAUUUUAUAGAGCCUAGUCAUUGAAAUAGGCUAAAAUGAUGAAAUGUAUAAUUUUAUAUAUUCGACUAGAUUUUUUAUGUAUCCAUUAUUAUUAUUA